GGUUUCUGUGAGGAUGCAGGGCGAUUUCUGGAGACUCGGCAGUCAGGGAGGGUGCAGGACGCUGUGAGCAUCACACGAAGCCUGGAGCGGAGCGGCCACCGAGAACGGUCCACCCCGAGCAGCAGGCCUAGGGCGGGAGCUGCGUGGAGCACAGCAGGACGAGGCUCUGUGUCACCGAGGUUCUCCAAGGGCCGUGGAACCCUCCCCCUGGAGGGAGAACUGGAACGUCCAGCUGCGGAUCGCUCUCCCCUUCCCCAGACACCUCUUGCCCACCAGAGACCUCGGGGCCACCAUGGGGUCCCUGCUGCCCCUCUUCCUCCUCCUGGCCCUCCUCAGCAGCUCAAGAGGGACAGGGCCAAGUGCAACUCUGCAAGUAAAGCUGAAGGAGCCUUCUCAGGCCCGCGUCUCCCACACCAGCCUCCCGGAAUUGCUCAGAAAGCUCUGCCUCGUCCUCCGCCUCCCAUCAGGGACCGACAUCACCCUCCAUCAUAAGGGACCCCAACACCACCUCAUCUGCAGAGCCUGAAGCCACUGCAGGCCAUGCCUGACCCGUCUUCAGCAGGGCCUGCUCCUGCCAAUAAACGUGCUCUGAGGAGGGCCUGGCCCUGAACACAGGCUGGCUGGG